AGUAACAUGCAUUUCUGCUGUCGACAUUCAAGGCGCCAAGACAAAUAGAGAUAGGUUUUAUAUUGUAACAGUUACUGUGCAGCAGGUGAUACAACAAACGAUUUACAGCUGAUUAAACAUACCAAGCAGCAAGCAAAAGAAAAUAUGACCUUAGUACAACACGAUGCGGAUUUUGAUGCUGCUAAUGGAAUUAUUGAUAGCGAGGCGCCUCCACACACGCCGCUAGCAGCCCUAUACAAGCAGAGCUUUGCAUACUACACCUUUCGCGUGCGCUUGCCUUCAACUCUGGACACAAUUGCCAAGUCCCUGGCCAAGGACAAGGACGAGCUGCUGUCAAUAUAUGGAGCGGACUCAGCCUCAGAUAUUGAUCAAACAGCUGCAGCCAUUCUUGAGCUGCGCUCGAAUAUUUUGAAAAAUGGACCGUUACAGCCGUUUAAUGACAAAGAGAUCGACGCUGGAUUUUGGAAUGCUUUCUUGGAGCAAUUGCCAAAGGAGAAGCGCACCUACUUCGCCACGUGCUGGCUGUACGCCGAGUGCUUUAUGUAUCGCGAAAUAUGGUCCAUAUUCAUAUCAACGCGCCUGGCCGGUUUUGAUUACUUCCGCAAGCAGAAGCAAACGGCCGCACAGCUCAGCGUGGAAGCCAUGCUGGCAGUAGCAAAUGGCACCCGAAAGAACGAACGCAAUUUGGCCACUUUUCAGAAACUGAUGAAGCUCAAUUUGUGGGGCAAUCGCUGUGAUCUGUCCAUUACGUCGGGCAAGCAGGUGAAACCGAUGGGUGAUGCCUUCGACCAAGUAGCCCAUCUGGAUACCAAUUUGCUGGUAGAUGACACUGCCGUCAUAUGGCAGACACUGGAGGGCUCCGACGGCAACGGCAUUGUGGAAUUUGUAUUCGAUAAUGCGGGCUAUGAGCUUUACACAGAUCUUAUACUGGCUGAGUAUAUCAUCGAUAAGGGACUAGCGCGAAAGGUGCGCUUCAAUGCCAAAGCGAUUCCCUGGUUCAUAUCGGAUGUCAUGGCCGCAGAUUAUCACUGGACGCUACAGUUUUUAAUCGAUCACACGCAGCCUGUGCUCAGCGAGCUGGGAAAGAAGUUGAAACGGUUCAACGAUGAAGGAAAAUUCGAAUUGGCUCCACUCGAGCAUUUCUGGACCAGUCCAUAUGAGUUCUAUCGCAUGGCAGAAGUGCAACCGGCGCUAUAUGAGCGCCUCUCGCAGGCUCAGUUGGUAAUAUUCAAGGGCGAUCUAAACUAUCGCAAGCUACUGGGCGACUUUAGUUGGAACCAUACUGAAUCAUUCGAGACCUGCCUGCGCGGUUUCAAGCCCUCAAACCUUUGCAGUCUGCGCACUAUCAAAGCGGAUUUGGUUUGUGGACUCCCGCCUGGCAUAUCAGAGCAACUCUUUGCCAAGAACAAGGAAUGGAUGCUUACAGGCGAAUAUGGUACAAUUCAGUUGGCCAGCAAGUAAAGUGCCCUGAAAAUUAUCAUGAUACAAUACUAUAGCUCAAAUGUUGCGAUUUAAGGCGUAGCUAAAUUGUUAAAUCAAAUUUUCACUGUUCAAAUA